AUGUUGAAAUAUAGUGCUACUGACAAGGAGAAAAUAUUUGAAGCAAUAGAAGAUUUUGUUCUGUACAUAAUUUCGUGGCUAGUAAAUAUUAAUGUUGAUAUAUUUAAGAAUGACCCAAAUAAAAAAUAUUCGAAUACCAUUUUGGAUAAAAAACUGAUAAAGCUGAGUCGAAUUGUGUCCGUUGUCGAGCUUAUAAAUAAUAUGAUCAUUCAGAAUAAAAGCUGUACACAACGAGAAAUUUAUUACAAACUAUAUAACAUUUUCAACGAGCAAUGUCAAACCAAUAGACAUAUAAAGGAUGUGUGUGCAAUUUUAGGAUUCUCAAGAUCGUCAUUAAAUAUUUACGCCUCUGAAAAAGGUUGCAUAGCUGGACUUCUUACACUUAAAAAGAGAGGAGAAAUCUUAAAUAUAAGCAAUAUGGAAUAUGGUUUAAUGAUAAAUGAUAAUCUUUUAAAUGUGGACAAAGUAGAAAGUUUAGCUCACUAUAUACUUGUCGUGGAAAAAUAUUCUCUUUAUCAAAAAUUAUGUGAAAAAAAAAUGUGGAAUACUCUUCCUUUAAUUUUAAUAACUGGAAAAGGAUUCCCAGAUUAUGCCACAAGGAAAAUCAUAUUUGAUCUUGUUAAUUUGUUUCAUUUAGAGUGUGUAUAUGUAGGGGACUAUGAUCCAUAUGGGAUUCGAAUAUAUUUAAGUUAUAAAGAGGGAUGUAAAAAUAAUCAAAAUUCUAUAUAUCCAUGUAAGGAUAUAAAAUGGAUUGGAAUGUGUUCAGAGGAUAUUAAUUUUUUUCCUAAAGAAUCUUUAUUAUCAUUAAGUAUGAAAGAGAAACAUGUUAUACAAAAUUUAUUAAAGGAUAAAAAUUUAUAUUAUAAUUCAAAAUUAAAAACUGAAAUUUCUGAAAUGAAUGAAAAAAAUAUAAAGUUUGAAAUUGAAGCUUUUGAAUAUGUAGGGAUGGAAUUCUUUGUUAAAAAUUAUUUGAUACGAAAAAUUUUAAGAAAAGAAUGGUUGCAGUAA